AUGGGGACGCUAAACGAUCAGGCAGUUUUGCAGGCCAUCUUCAACCCCGACACCCCAUUUGGAGACGUUGUUGGGUUGGACCUGGGAGAGGAAGCUGAGGAAGAUGAAGGUGAGUAUUUGACCUUGGAGGAUAGCUCUCAACAUUGGCUGGUCUGCGGGCCUUCCUGGGGAGGCCAAGGUGGAGUUUUCCCGCAAGCACAGCUGGAGCAGUCCAAGGCCCUGGAGCUGCAGGGAGUGACCGCAGCAGAGGCUGGUGACCUCAGCACAGCGCUGGAGAGGUUUGGCCAAGCCAUCAACCUGCUGCCCGAGAGGGCGUCAGCCUACAACAACCGAGCCCAGGCCCGGCGGCUGCAGGGAGACGUGGCAGGGGCCCUGGAGGACCUGGAGCGCGCCGUGGCGCUGAGCGGCGGCCGGGGCCGCGCCGCCCGCCAGAGCUUCGUGCAGCGCGGGCUGCUGGCGCGGCUGCAGGGCCGGGACGACGACGCCCGCCGGGACUUCGAGCGGGCGGCGCGGCUGGGCAGCCCCUUCGCGCGGCGCCAGCUGGUGCUGUUGAACCCGUAUGCCGCGCUGUGCAACCGCAUGCUGGCCGACGUGAUGGGGCAGCUGCGCGGGGAGCGCACCCCGCGCUGAGCCCCGCGGGCGGGAGGGGCGCCCGAACCAAUAAAGCUGCGGGCUCGCCA